CAGAGAUGCCCUUCAGGAGCAGCUUCGCGGGGCUGCUGCCCGUCCUGCUCUCGCUCUCGGCCUGCUUCCUCAUCCCGGCACCUGCAGAGGUGCACGACACCUUUGCUAACUGCCUCCAGUUCUUCCUGAAUGGGAAGCCCCCUACUCUGCUCCUUCCCCGAGUGAACAGUGCCAGCAUCUGCCAGAGAUACAAGAAUCUCUAUCGCUUUGCCACCCUGUAUGACAGAGACAAGCGCAUCCCGAUAUAUUCUGCUUAUAAGUACGGAAAAGGUGGAGAAGGAAGACCUGAUAUCUGGUUUGUAGAGCCUCAGCUGGCACGUAAUAUUCAAAAGCCAGGAAGCAACAUGGAGAGGGAGAAUUCCCAAGACAUUGCUCGUGUAUUUGAGCAUAUUCGAGCCAGCCAGGCUGUUUCUGAUGAUUAUAACACUGAUAAGACGAUUGACAGGGGACACCUGAACCCGAACAAUCACCAGUCCGAUCGAGACAGCAGAACCGCCACCUUCACGCUCACCAACAUUGUGCCCAUGCUCAGCGGCCUCAAUCGAGGAUCGUGGAGGAUUUAUGAAAAGAAAGCGGGGGAAAAAGCCGAGCAGUGCGAUGAGACCUACUUUGUGGCGGGAGCGGUGCCUGGGAAUAAUUACAUCUCUGGGGGCCGGGUCAACAGGCCCAGCCACAUCUGGUCCGCGGGCUGCUGCGUGAGACACAACAGAGGCCUGUGCUCCUGGGGUGCCCUUGCAAGCAAUGAUGAGAAGAAUGCUACCGGGAUGGAUCUGAAGAGUCUGGAAGCACAGCUUGAAAAACGCUACAAAAGCAAGGUGGAUCUUUUCAACAGUGGGUGUUACCAAGAAUGCGAGACUACAAUCCAGCUGUAGCGCCGAGAGAGCAGAAGGCAGGGGGUUGUCGUAGUUCAUUGCAGCUAGGAGAGGCAGGGCGGUGCUACACAGGGACAGGUCCGGACGGUGCCCACCCACCCCACUACAGUCCUGGCUCACACAAACUGCAGUGGGUCCUCUGAAGUGCCCCUCCCCUCCUUGAAGGGGAAGCCGGACCAGAGGGAUGUGUGGGCACCCCAGAAGGACCACCCACCCAUAGUUCUGCCCUGCCUCUCCGAGCUCGAAUGAGCCGCUUCCAGCCGCUUUCGGAGGAAGGAUGCCAAGAAACACUUUGCUUUCCGCAUCAGCUGCAGUUCUCCUGCUGAGCAAUCAGCCACCAGCGAAUUCUUCCUGCCUGCGGGGCCUGUUGCUGCCCAGCUGUGAUUGUGACCUGCUUGUGGGGGGGGGGCGCCUUGUGUCCCCAUCACGGGUAGGGAAGGAGAGGGAUGAAGGGAGGCGAGUGCUCGGAUGGGAACCUUCUCCUUCUGUGUUUACCUGCCUUGGGAGCUCCCCCACCCCCACCCACGGCUUUCUCCAGCGCUUCGCAAAUAAAGGAUCAUUCUGAGAGCA